UAUGACAGAAACGCCAAUCAGACAGGCUGUUACCUGGUUUUCCACCAUAUUGGACAAUCCUAAGAAAUAUUCGAAUGAAUUCUCAUUCGGAACACGGGCUUUUUUUACGUGCUUGGCAAAAAAUUGUCUCUUGCCAUCGGAUCUCGAAUUCUUUUUAUCUAAAUUAAGUGUAUCCCAAAGGAAUUAUCUGUUAAAUCCUAAUGAUCUAGACAUUCUAGAAAAUUCUGAAAACUUAAUAAAUCUAAAGGACGUUGAAGUUGUUGUUCAUUGGAUGAAAGAUAUUGAAUAUGGACCAAAGUUUAAUACUGGAAAAUUGGAAUACGAACACGCUUUGGCUUACGCCUGUUGGUCUGGUGAUGAUAAUUGUACCAAGAUAGUUUUGAAAUAUUGCGACAUAUUUGCUAAAGAUAAGCAUGGUAGAAAUAUUAUUCAUUGUCUGGCCCAUAUGUCCGGAUUAUUACCGCAUACAACAAUUAAACAAUACGAUAUUAUUAUGAAUUAUGUAGAAGAGAACAGUUUAUGUGUAAUGGAAAGUCAAAGGUUAUUAUUGGAAAUCGAAGAUGAAGAGCUGAGAACUCCUUUAGAUAUUGCGGUUAGAAUGGGUCAUCCCACAAUUUUUAACUCAAUUUUUAAUACUUCUCCUCUUAAUCGACGAGUAAUUAGUCAAAAUGGUCUAAGAUCAAUUAUCUAUUAUAAUGUAACAAGAUACGAAAAAGAUAAUAGUAACUAUAUCACAUUCGAUUCAUUACUCUAUUGGUUAUCCAGAACAACCUUUUCCGAUGCAACAAGAUAUUUCAAAUAUGGUAACAUAUUCGAAAAAGAACCAAUUAAGACCUAUAUUGAAAAAAAGUUUCAUUUUUACAAAUAUCCAUUAAUACUUUGGGGCUGUGAAUCGUUAAUAGUAAUUAUUAUUCAAUUACUUAAAUGUAUAUUUUUCUUAACAUCUGGAAAUGUGAAUAUUACACCAAUUGCAUUAGAUAUUAUAACUGUAGUUGUAACUUCACAUCUUAUAAGUAGUGAUUUUUUACUCUUAGCAAUAAGAUUUUCUAAUUAUAAAGAGAGAAAAAAGAAACAUAAGAAUAAUAACCAUGCUUUAGCUGAUGCUAUAACCCUACGGGUAGUUAUAAUACUAUUAUCACUUCUUGUUAUAAUUCUCUCUAUUCUUCGACUAUUUCAAGUGGAUUUGUGCAAAUAUCGAAAUAUUUUUUACAUUAUUCAUGUAGCAGCUUUAAGUUGUGUCGUCUUAUCUGUAUUAAUAUUUACCCAAUUGCUUGGUGACUUUGCCCAUGUUUUACUUAUCGUUGAAAGAGUUACAGGUAACAUUUUCGUCUAUUUGGUACUCUGUUUCAUUUGUAUUUCGAUUUUUGCUUUAGGCUUCAGUGUGACUCACACUGAUUGCAAACUAAACAAUCAAACGAUGUCAAACCAAUCAGAUGUUCCUAAUUAUGCUAUAUCAUUGUAUUAUACUUUGUUAUAUACAAUGAAAAUAACAACUCCCGAUGAUAUUUUCUUUACAAGCUCUCAAUCAUCCACAGCUUCUAUUAUCAUCUUUAUAGUUGGAAUAAUCUUUGUUCAUUUAAUUAUUACUAAUCUUUUAAUUGCAGUAAUGAAUAGACACGUUAAUGAUUGGUACGAUCAUAUUGACCUUGCACUUAUAUUAAUUAGACUAAGCUUAAUUUGUAGUAUUGAAAAGUUCAGGUUUAUAAUAGCAAAAACUGGUUUGGGAAAAAGAAUUGUGAAGUUUAUGUUCGCUACAUUUUCGCAAAAAUGCCUUAAAAAGAUUGGUAAUGAGUUGUUUCUCGAAGUAAUUAAAGAUAUCUCCGAUGAAUAA